UGCAGGCUCGGUGUCGGUGGUGGACGCUCGGGCACAACGGAACCCAACUCUCAGUGUCGCUCAAAUCGCGGCGCGCGUUGGUCGUGCGUCGAGCGCGCGUGAAGUGAUGUCCGAGAGAUGAGGCUGUCGCUGGUGCUACUGUGGUUGGGUGCGGCGGUCGCUUGCGGCCCGGGCCGCGGCUUCACCCGCCGCCACGGACCGCGCCGCCUCACACCUCUUGUUUUCAACCAGCAUGACCCUAACAUUAGUGAAAACUCAAAGUCAGCCAGUGGCCCUCCAGAGGGUCGCAUCACGAGGGAUGAUGAAAAGUUUAGAGACUUAGUGCCUAAUUAUAAUCCGGACAUCGAUUUUAAGGAUGAUGAAGGCACCGGCGCUGAUCGCCUCAUGACACAGCGAUGCAAAGAAAAACUGAACACAUUAGCUAUCAGUGUGAUGAACCAGUGGCCUGGAGUUCGUUUGCGCGUAAUCGAGGGCUGGGAUGAGGAGAGAUCUCACUUGGACAACUCGUUACACUACGAGGGUAGGGCUGUGGACCUCACCACGAGUGACCGCGACCAUAGCAAGAACGGAAUGCUGGCACGUCUCGCCGUCGAAGCCGGCUUCGACUGGGUCUUUUAUGAGAGCCGAUCUUACAUUCACUGUUCAGUGAAGACAGAAUCAUCGGUGGGUACAGGUGCUGGAUGCUUUCCUUCUGGAUCUAUAGUGCAUACGCAAAAUGGUCCACGAGACAUCGCUAGUCUUAAAAAAGGAGAUAAAGUACUGGCUGCCGACGAUGAUGGAAAAAUGGUGUAUUCAGAGGUAUUGACAUUCAUCGAUCGAGAUCCGAAUGCAACGCGACAUUUCAUCGAAGUUACAGCUGAAAAUGGUGUGGCUAUCACGACAACGCCCUCUCACCUUCUGCUUUUAGCAUCUGCUGAUGGUUGGCGAGAGUUAUUCGCUGCAAACGUACAAGAAGGCGAUGUUCUUCUUACUAGAGGAUAUGGCAGCGUAAUGCGACCAUCAAAAGUCGUUAAAAGUCGUGUCGUAUCAAAACGAGGAGUCUAUGCACCUUUAACUAGAACGGGGACGAUAAUAGUCGAUGAUGCUUUAGCGUCCUGUUACGCCCUCGUAAGUAGUCAUUCCUUGGCGCACGCCGCAAUGGCACCUUUAAGGUGGCUGUCAAGCUGGAGCAGUUCCAAUGAAAAAUCUCGAGGCGUUCACUGGUACGCGAACGCACUUUACAAUUUCGGAGACUACAUACUGCCUUCUUCAUAUAAAUAUCGCUGA